AGGUGAAACUAACCCACUAUGUCAUCACGAAUGUCUCGAAAAACGCUAGUCGACACUCCGAUCACUCCACAAUCAUCCAUCGGUCACAUACUACGAGCACAGUUUGCGCUGCAAAAUCAGCUUCCCGAAGAUAAACCGAAGACUAUCGGGUUUAAUGAAGCCGAAAAUAUGAAGCUAUACGAACUAUACUCUGGAAGACGUGAAGAAUACCACUCAACACGACCAUCAGGGCAAAGGAAUGAGGAAGUUCCGAUGGAUACCUUGGCAAGAGAAUGGGCCACUGAAAUAACGUCGAUGGGAUUUGCAGAACGGACGCCUGCACAGAUUAAGCAACGGAUUAGGGAUAUGAGAAAAUUCUCUCGAAAGCAUGCCCACAAACUGGGUAUCACCAACAUGAAUGCGGGACAAGAACUCGAACGUUAUGCUGAAUUUAGUUGGGCCGAGCCAAAACGACGUUCCCGUGGGCCAGUACCCGAUUGGAUGUCCGGCCUGGCGGAAAUCAUGAUGAGCGAACAGGACACAAAAGCCGACGAUGCAGACUCGGCGUCGGACAUCAUGGAAGCCACUUAUGGUCCGAAAGCGAAGAGGCUGAAAUUACAAAGGACUGAAAUGCAAUUGCAUCAGUUACAGUUGCAUUUGGAUAUGAAGCAGCGAGAGUUGAAACAAGAAAGAGAGAAAGAAGAAGGAAAUGGUAAUGAUGAGCAGGAGGAACGAGAAAAAAGAGAUGUUAGUCCGGAAACUUUGCUUAUUGAGAAGAAGUUGAGGUUAGCGGAUGCCAAGUUGCAUACGGAGCAUUUGAAGCAACAGGCUCUCCGUCUGGAAAUUGCCAGUUAUCAACGCCAGCUCCAACUCUACGAUGAUCAACAACAACAUCAAUCUCUAGCGUCUGAAAUAGCAUCGUCGAGUAGUCCAAACGAAUUUCUGAACAUGAAAAUUAAUGGGUUUUUGAAAAGCCAUAGUCCAUAACUUUUUAGAUUUUUUCUUAUUUAUAUUUUUUUAAACAAUCACUUGCGAUCUCUAGUUGUCUUCCUUGAAUAAUUCCAAUUUCACACACACAAUCAUUCCGGCCCAUAAUCCCAUCAAUUUCGGGUGACCCGGUUCCUUUUCUGUCCUUCUAAUCUUACUACUUUUUUGUUAGAUUUUCAAAAAUGAACUAUUGCAAUUUA